UCAAAAAAAGAGAGAGAUUAUGGAGGGUGUAAUUAGGAGGAGAAAGAAAGGGAUAAUAAAACCAAUUAAGAUUAAUAAAGGGAUAAUGAUGUUGGAAGAUAAUGAAAGAGAUGAGCCAUUAAGUCCAUCAUCUGUUAUGUUUCAUAAGCCUAACUUCAAUAUUCAUAUUUUGGCAAUUAUGGGUUGUAAAACUACAAUUGAUCUUGAGCUUUGUAAGGCCAAACUUCCCUUCACUCUUCUCAAGCAUCCUCGUUUCUCUAGUGUUGUGGUAGGGGAUCUAAGUAAAGGAGAAGAAUUGAGAUGGGUGAGAACAAAAGUAGACUUAGACAAACACAUUAUAGUUCCAAACAUACACCAAGAAAACAUAGAAUCACCAGACAAGUAUGUGGAAGACUACAUAUACAACCUCAGCAAAACAACCUUAGACAAAUCAAGACCACUUUGGGACAUCCAUGUCCUUCAUCUUAAGCUCUCUAAAGAUGUCAAGGCCCUUGCAAUAUUUCGUAUUCAUCACUCACUCGGCGAUGGCACGUCUCUAAUCUCUCUAUUAAUGGCCCUUACGCGUAAGACCUCUGAUGCCAACUCCUUGCCAACUAUUCCUGUUCAAAAGGUGUACGAAGAGGAUGAUGAUAAUGGUCGCAAAUGGUUGAUUUGGAGAUGGGUUUUGGAAUUAUGGUGGGUGUUGAAGUUGUCUUGGAAUACUUUGAUGGAUGUGUUGAUUUUUGUAGCAACCGCGCUUUUUUUGAAGGAUAAUGCUCUUCUUAAGAGUUCUACAAAAGGAGGAAGUGUGAAUAAACCAAGGCGCAUUGUUUACAAGAUAUUUAGCCUUGAUGAUAUGAAAUUGGUGAAGAAUGCAAUUGAUGGUACCAUCAAUGAUGUCGCACUUGGAAUCACAGAAGCUGGUUUAUCUCGAUAUCUUAACAGGAAAUAUGGAAUCAAUGUAGACGAUCACAUUCGUCUUAGAUCAGUUCUUCUAAUCAACAUACGACCAACCGGAGGAAUACAAGCUCUAGCUGAUAUGAUGGAGAAAGAUACAGAGGUAAAAUGGGGGAAUUCAUUAGGGUAUGUACUCCUUCCAUUUACCAUUGGAUUACGUGAUGAUCCUUUAGAUUACAUCCGAAAAGCCAAGGCUAAGGUUGAUAGAAAGAAGCAUUCACUAGAGGUGUUGUACACAUAUUUCAUUGCUGAAGUUGUAAUGAAGUUGUUUGGUAAUAAGUUUGCUAGCAAAGUAAGUGAUCGAAUCAACGCUCAUACAACCAUCGCCUUCUCCAAUUUAGUUGGACCUUUGGAAGAGAUUGGUUUUUAUGGCCACCCUUUGGCUUUUCUUGCUCCUUCUUCAUAUGGUCAACCUCAUGAAUUGAUGAUUAACUUUCAAAGUUAUACAAACAAGAUGACAUUAGUUCUGGCUGUUGAUGAAGAUGUUGUUCCAGAUCCUCAUCAAUUGUGUGAUGAUAUUGUUGAAUCCCUCAAACAAGUGAAAGAUGCUGUUAUAACAAAAGGCCUUGUUAAAGACUUUGCUGUACCAAAUGGGAACCCAACUGCACAUCAAUGAUAGACAGAUACCUCAUCACAGAAUAUAUAUAUACUCAUACCGGGCCGGAUGAGGGCGGGCUUUAACCACCCCAAUGUUACCAUUACCCAAACACAUUCGCGGUCAUAACCACCGCCCCGGCCCGGCCAUAAAAAAAUAUUGUAUUAUACCACCCUACAAUGGCACAAACAUAAACUCCGUAUUAUAUUAACUAUACAACGUACUACCAUAGUCAACCUAUAUAUAUGUUUGCAAAUAAGACAUCUAUCUGUCUCAUGGAAUGAAUAAAACACUAAGCCAUAGUAAGACUUCCUUUGUAGUUGUACCAUAUGACCAAAAGAGGAAUAUAGUUAUAUAGCCAUAUUA